GUGUGGGCUCACUGCUCACAUUUCAAAUCCACUCGCCGGAGGCAUAUCGCGCGCGCGGUUCUGCUCUUCCCUUCUCUUCCGCAACUCGCCCGUCAAAACCCUGCUCGGCGCGGCCAUUUCCAAAACCCUAACGCAGUCAUCUCUCCCGAAAAUCCUAGAAUUCGAUCAACUGCCUGCGAUGCAGCAACAGAGGGCAGUCGCGUGCCCCGAUAACGAAGGGCUCGCGGCUUACAUGUGGCAGAAGAGGCAAGAAUUGGCUGAGACGCCCAAAGGGAUCACCGACAACAUCGACACGACAUUGUCCAAAGCUUAUUCCGGUGUGUGCAGUUUCAAAGCCCCGAUCAGAACCCUCAAAGACUUCUCCCAAAUCAAAGGCGUGGGAAAGUGGAUUCUGAAGCUGAUGCAAGGAUUUUUUGAAACCAAUUCAGGUGCUUCUGAAGCAGGAGUUUCUGAACAUGAAGACUUGACAAAGAAGGGAAAGAAAAUGAAAGGAACCAAACGCUAUGUACCACAAAAGAAUUCUGUAGCCUAUGCCUUAUUAAUUACCCUUUACAGGGGAACAGAAAAUGGGAAUGAAUUUAUGCAUAAACAGGAGCUAAUUGAUUCAGCUGAAGCAAGUGGGCUUUCUCGGGCUCCGAUUGUGCCAGAAAAGGGAAAAGGUAAACAAGGGCAAUUCGGAAGUUCUCCAAGGGAUUGGUAUAGUGGAUGGAGCUGCAUGAAGACAUUGAUAACUAAGGGUCUAGUGGCGAAAUCAAGUUGCCCAGCAAAGUACAUGCUAACUGAAGAAGGACAGAAAGCAGCACGUGAGUGUCUUUUGAGGUCUGGUCUGGUUGAUUCUACAGAAACUUUAGCUUCAGUGCGGGGCUUCGUAAAUGAAGAUGUCAACAUUGUAUCGGGUUUGGAGUUCACUGAUGCUGAUUUGGCAAAAGAAGCGACAUUUACAUCUAUUGAUUUGAUGAGACGGGAGAAGUUAAUUACAGUUCCACCUGAAUCUCUUGAGAGGCUUACACGAAUGGGGUACUCCAAAGAACAAAUUCUACGUGCUUUUGCUGAAGUUUCAGAAACUUCCCGGAACAAGGAUGUGUCCUCUCUCUGGCUGGCUGUUUUAUGUCAUCUCCGAGAGGAUCAAGUUUAUGGAUCAGAGUCAGCGUCUCUAAGAACUAAAGGAGCGGAUCAUAUUCCAACACCAUUUGCUUCCACAUCUGCAGAUGGUCAGGUAGUUGCUAUUAUAAAUGAGAGCAGUCAUUCGAACUCUGGUUAUGGCGGCGUACCCCACUUGCCGAAAUCUUUAUAUGCUGCUGAUUCUGCAAAGAACCCUCUUACCUUAAGAUCAUGCUCAUCCUCGGAGCAUCAUGUUCAGAAGUCUACCAUGGAUUGUUUGGAAGCUAAUAUAAAUGUUUUAUCAUUGCCACCAUUGAGGUUUGGAGAAAAAUUUGAGGAUGUAUAUGAAGUAAUGUUAAUAUUGGAUAAUCGGGAGCAAUUUGCUACGCAAGGGUCUAAAUCUAGAAAAAUUAUUGAGAAUAUUCGCUCUCAAUUCAAAAUUCGAAUAGAGGUUAGAUGGCUACCAGUUGGAGAUGGAAUUUGGAUUGCUCGUCAUAAAUAUCUUGAAAGUGAAUAUGUUCUUGAUUUUAUUGUUGAGAGGAAGAAAGUCGAAGAUUUGCGCCUUUCCAUCAGAGACAAUCGCUACAAGGAUCAGAAACUGAGGCUUCUGAGAUGUGGACUAAAGAAGCUGAUAUAUUUGGUGGAAGGUGAUCCAAAUUAUUCUGAGGCUGCUGAAAGCAUCAAAACUGCUUGCUUUACUACAGAGAUUCUGGAGGGAUUUGAUGUGCAGAGAACAAGUGGUUUGGGGGAUACACUGAGAAAGUAUGGGUAUCUUACUCAAGCAAUCGCACAAUGUUAUAAAUCACUGCUGCCUGAGGAUAUCUCUAAAAGUGCUGGGGUCUGUCCUUCUUUUGAUGAAUUUAUUAAGAGGUGCCAACACCUGGAAAAGAUCACAGUCAGUGAUGUAUUUGCCACCCAACUCAUGCAGGAAAACUGUCCUUGGAGUGACCCUGCUAUUCUCAAACGCAGGUCCCACAGGUCACGGAGGAAAUUGCCAUUGCUGUUCUAAAUGUGUACCCAACAUUGUUGUCUCUUGCUCGUGCAUACUCUCUUCUCGUAAGUCUUGUUCCCUUUUUAUACUUCUGUUGGAAGCAUUGAUUUAAAAGGUAAAGACAUAAUGUGAAAGGUAAGCUCCAAGGCGUUUAGUUUUAGGAGCUUCAAAGCAUUAAGGCUUGGGCCUUUUUAGUAGUUUUGGAAGUAUUUGUGAAAAAAAAAAAAAAAGCAUUGUUUUACUUGCAAAGAUGCCUUUAUUAAGUUUGGAUUCUUUAUUUUUUUAUGAGACCUAGCCUUACUAGUCUUUGAAAGAAAAUGGAUCAUUGAUUCUGGUCCAUUGCAGAUUCAUUAAUUAUGCUGUGCAAAUAAAAGUAUUAUUUGAUUUUUUAAAAAUUGUGAAAAUUCAUGGGAAAAAGAAGACCAUAUAGAGCUAUCCAGAAAUCAAGAAGAAAUUUAACAUUGGGAUGGAAGAUGAACUAUAUAUAUUGGUGCAACAACUCCUAUAUUGUGGGUACAAGCCUCUCUUUCCCCCCUGAAAUUUAUAUUUUCCUAAGCUCAUUAAUUUCUAUUGGAUGUAUAGAUGCUAUAUAGUACAUUGAUAGCCUGGAGUACAUUAGUGGACACUGCAUAAUGCCUGCACACGCAGAAUUGUCUUUUACAUGUAUGCAAGACUUAAAUUUGAGCAAGUGCUCUGGUGAGGAGUUGUGAUGCUGUUUGCCAGCUUGAGCACCCAAUACAGAGGUCAACAAUUUGUGGUGUUUUGUUUUGUAGCCUCAAGUAGUUUGGUCCUUAAUGCAAUAUUAUUUUCAAUUCAGUUAUUCUUUUUCAGUAAUCAGGGGAAGCAAUUACUGAUGACUUGUAUCAAAGGUUUUCCCUCACUUGGUAAUUUCAAUGAUCUUUUGAAAAGGAGGGUGACAUUUGUGCACAAGAGGAGAUGCUCAGGAGGCAGAGUAACAACAUAAUCAAUGCAGUUGCUAGCAGGAACAUCUUCCAACUAGUUUGGGGCAGUUGACUUUCAGCGUCUUUUGUUUGUCUAUUAAUGAA